AUGGAAAUCAGCUUGCUAUACCCCUCCCUCGGUCUCGUCCUUAUCCUCCUAAUCUCCCUCAAAUCAUUCUCACAAAAGGACAAAAACCACAAACUCCCGCCAAGCCCCGCCCGGUCCCUCCCGAUCCUUGGCCACCUCUAUCUCCUCAAGACCCCUAUCCACCGCACUUACCACCGCCUCGCCCAGACGGUGGGCCCCAUCUUCUCCCUCCGCCUCGGCCGCCGCCUUGCAGUGCGAUUGCGAAGAACCGAGGAAGCGAGAUCGGUGUGCGGGUGCCAUCUUAUGAUAUUCUACAGGUAUCGUACUUUUGCUCAUCCGCCCGCAACCCAUGCUCCUGUGGUGGGUGUUUCUUCCUCCGCCCCUGCCUCCUCGGAUCUCGUCGAGGAGUGCUUCACCCGAAAUGACGUCGUCCUCGCCAACCGCCCCCAGCUGAUGAUCGGCAAAUACAUCGGCUAUAACUACACCACCGUCGUCAGCUCACCCUACGGCGACCACUGGCGGAACCUUCGCCAGAUCACCACCAUCGAAGUCUUCUCCGGCACGCAGCUCAAUACUUUCAACUCCAUCCGUCACGACGAGGUCCGACUCCUUCUGCGGAAGCUUCACCACUUGGUUUUGUCGUCAUCCAGGGGAUUUGCGAGGGUCGAUCUCAGAUCUGGGCCUAUGGAGGUGACCUUCAACAACAUCAUGCGAAUGGUGGCUGGGAAGAGAUACUUCGGGGUGGUCGACGACAGGGAUGAGGAAGCCAGGGAGUUCCGGGAGCGGAUUAAGGAGGUUCUCGGUUACGGCGGCGUGUCUCACCCGGGAGACCUCAUCCCCGUGCUGAGGUGGAUCGAUUACAAGGGGUUGGAGAAGAAAUUGGCAACGGUAAGCGGGAAAAUGGACGCCGUUCUGCAGCGGCUGAUCGAGGAGCAACGGCGGAGCAAGGGCGGCAACACCAUGAUCGACCACCUGCUUUCCCUGCAGGAGAAUGAACCCGACUACUACAAUGACAUCACCAUUAAAGGAAUUAUUAUGGUUAUGCUGCUAGCCGGGACCGACACGUCAACAGUGACAGUAGAAUGGGCCAUGUCGGCCCUACUCAACAACCCUGAGAAACUCCACAAGGCCAGAAUCGAGAUCGACAAUCUUGUCGGGAAAGAUCGCCUGAUCGAAGAGUCCGAUUUAUCCAACCUCCCUUACCUUCAACACGUUAUCUCCGAGACAUUUCGAUUGUUCCCAGCAGCUCCACUGCUUGCACCUCACGAGGCAUCGAGUGAUUGCACCAUCGGUGGGUACCAUAUACCACGUGGCACGAUCCUGAUUGUCAACGCAUGGGCCAUCCAUAGGGACCCCAAAUUUUGGGACGACCCCACCAGCUUCAUUCCCGAGCGUCUCGAAGCUGGAGAGGUUGGACCGACAAAGUUGAUACCAUUUGGGAUGGGAAGGAGGUCGUGCCCAGAAGGGCCCGGGACAUCGAUGCCCAAAUUGAUACCACUGGAGGCCAUGUGCAAAUCCCGUGAUGUGCUGCAGAAUGUGUUUGGUGCGGCAACCUGA